UCAUUUGAUUUCCCUGUUUCAAGAGAACACAAUAAAACUUUCGGUUUGGAAUUUUCCGUAAUAAUUUUUAUUGAAUUUAUCAAUUUUAUACGAGCGAAAAAUGGUGACCUUUGGCUGUGUGGCAAAACUUCUGAGCGGCUUCGAGUGCAGAGCAAAUACUUGGGUCAAAGCCGUAAAUCCCGGGUGGUACAUGGCCCGUGCUUUUCCUAAGACCAUUCUGAUCGAGAAAGUGCGUCAGGUGGCUCAGGCUACCACCAGGGUGACUCGCCAGCGACCCCAAACCGCGGAGUCGCCAAAGAAGUUCAGCAACCCAAGGCGCCAACCAUAUUUCUAGGUGCCAAAAAGAUAUACAUAGGUACCAACAAAAGGUUUUAAUUGAUUCAGAUUUUACCCCAAUGCAGAUUCAGAGUAAAAAGUUGAUAUGCAACCGUAAUCGAUUUCGGCAUUUUCUCUCCAGCGACGCAUGGUCACACCGAGUCGGUGCCGAGUUUUUG